CCUGGUCUCAAGCUCUCAGCCAAUGGGAGCGCGCGUUUCAUCCGCUGUUGUUGGGGCUGGUUGUUUACCUCACCGCAGCGCGCCCAUCCUUCCCCGCGUCUCCGUCUUUUCGUCGUCUCCUCGGGCCCCCCUCAACACUUCCAAGCAGUCGUGGUGGUGCCGGUGAUGUCCUCGGUAGAAGCGAUGGACUCCCUGGAGGUGGCACCGGUGGCGCCCGAGCUCCACGCUGAGGAGCACUCCGACGACCAGGACCCGGAGGUCGUCGCCAGGAAGGGCAAGGCCAGGAAGGCCAAGGUGGCUAUCAAGGUGGGCGUCAAGCCGUCUCCCACCAAGCCGCCCUACCUGCACGUCGGUGGCGGCGGCGGUGGCAUUGGCGCCGGCGGCAAGAAGAAAAAGAAGAAGAAGAACCAGCCGGGAAAAUACAGCCGGCUGGUGAUCGACGUGAUCCGCGCGCUGGGUGAGCGCGGCGGUUCAUCGCUCGCCCGCGUGUACGCCGAGGCGCGCAAGGUGGAAUGGUUCGACCAGGAGCACGGGCGCACCUACCUCAAGUACUCGGUGAAGGCACUGGUGCAGAACGACACGCUGCUGCAGGUGAAGGGCACGGGCGCCAACGGCUCCUUCAAGCUGAACAAGAACAAGCUGGAGAAGAAGGCGGCGGAGGAGAAGGGCAAAUCCAAGCCUCCCGCCCCCACCUCCUCCAAGCCGGUGGGCAAGAAGAGCGUGGUGAAGGCCGAGCCCAAGGCGCUGAGGGGCAUUGCCGAGGAGAAGAAAAAGAAGAAGGAGCAGAAGCAGAAGAGCCUCAAGGAGAAGAACAAGAAGGCCAAGCAUUCCAAGAAGUCCGUGAAGACCUCGGUGGGAAAGUCGGUGUCCAAGGCUAUCGCAAAGGGGAAGAAGCCGACCAAAGUGUCAAAGGUCAAGAGGGUGUAGGUCCCCCGCGCCAGCGCUGGCGUUCUGUAACCAGCCCCGGGCUUCUAGCGUCACUGAGUUAAGGAGUAAAUGCCGUCGUCGGUUUAGCGCGUGGGUUUUCGCCGCCAUUAUUACGGAGCGUAAUUAGAUUUUUUCGGUGAUUCGGCCAAGUUUAUUUCGCGAGACCUUCCACCAGCAGAUAAAAGCCAAAACAAGGUCAAUGGUCACGUGUACGAGUGUUUAACAAUGCGCCGAUUUUUCUUGUGUCGGGUCCGUCACUGGAGAUUUGACGAAACAUUUUUCGAAUGGCUGAAUUUAGCAGCAAUUGGGUUCUGGAAUUUGGUUCUGAAAAUUACGUAGCCUAACCCGGAGCUCACGUCUCAGUUGCCAGCAUUAGUCUCACGCUGCUGUGGUUCUCAGUUUGCUUCUCAGUUGGUUAUUGAGUACACUGAGUAAACGUGACAUUCUUGUCGGGUGGUAGAGGGUUAAUGACAAGACAUUUGACAUAAAACUAUAACGUGGCCUAACUCCCAAAAACUAUGGGAUUUUCUUAUUGGCUACAGACAUCUACUUUUCAUACGUUUUCUAUUCCAUUGGGAUGGUCAGCGACCAGAAUCAGAAUUUUAUUUAGACUGUAGGAAUCCAAUAAGCUAUGAAUCUUUUUUUUACAGAUGUCCAUUAUUUCAAAGGUGUCCAGAUUAACAAUCCAAACUACAGCCGAGGCGUAAUUGAUCACACACACACAGUCAUCAAUGGACCUCUACAUUGACGCAGUCAUUAAUGUUGGGUUUUUUUUUCUUUUCUCAAGGCUUAUGUUGCUAUAAUUGUGCGUGCUCCUCUCUCUACAGAGCUCCCUUUACCCUGCAAAAAUAUCCGAGCUCAGCUAUUUUCAUAAUGUAUGUCCGCCACGGUAUCAAAAUAUCCUAUUGUCCAGCGCCGGGGGAUUGUGAAUCGGUCACUCCGUGCCCUCGCUCAAGAGACAAAUUAUCUUGGCGAAAAUCGCUUAGCUGUGAUCCCCUGAGCCACGAAAUCGGUAGCAGUGUCGUACACACUCAGUGCCCGCCCACUCCACUCUCGCCAAAUUGACCGCCGCCCCAUCUUGGGUUCCUUACAAAUUCGAGAUCACUCUGAAGAUAACGUUACCCCGGACGACUCUCACACCAGCUCGGAAUCGUUUGCGGUUGAUGCUGUUGCUACGGCAGAGUCCUUGAGUUGGUGCUUUGGUCUUGCUGGGUGUGGGCUUAAUGCCGCCGUGGUUGCUCACGUUGGCUGGCCGUGCUGCCCCCCCCCCGCCCACCCACCCCCUCCCGCUGAGUGAGGACACCAGAAAGUAACUAAAAAAAAAUUGAUUGAACAGUUUAAUGGGCAAAAACAUUGAACAGAAAAAGUCAUAUCUGUCAAUAACGCCUCAACAGGAAAUAUUUUAAAGAAGUUCACGAAUAACACUGAGGCCUUAAUAGGAAAAGUAUACGAUAGGCCAUGUUUUGGGCAAAUGGUCCCUUAUCAAAGCUAAGUAUUCAGUAGUGCACAAGCACAAUUCAUAAACUCGCAUUCGUGAACAACAACAGCGUCUCCACAAAAAACAGAUCGUUGUGCGCAAAUCAAGUUUAAUGUUGCACAAAAUGAACUGCAUCGUACAAACACUUCCAUGGGUACUAUCUCGUCAAGGAGCACAAACCAUCGCGUGACCUGUCAUCGCUCGCAGUGACGGCUUUUAGCUCAUCGGCGAACAAAGACUCCACGUAUUGCGCUUUUGCAGAUGCGCUUCUGCGGCAAUCUGGAAAGCUCUUCCGAUAUUAAGAAGCCACUGGAGCGAUGCGCUUUUAAAUCAUAUAGAUUGAAAACUCAUUUAUUUGCAACUGCUUUUUGCGUUCAGUUUGGUUGUCCUUCCCCCACACCUCCGAUUUGCACGGUUGACUAUAUGGUGCGAAAAAGGUUUGACAUGUACACACGUAAGCUGGACCGCCUGAUUCGAACUGCGUACUCUGGACUCCAGGGUGCAUGAGUGGCCAAUGUUUUUUAUUCUAGGUCAAGGCUUAAACGUCAUGGGCUGGGUCAGUGUCAAGUAGGUCAAGGUCAACGUCUGGGAGACCUACACCAUAAUCCACAAUCCAGAUUCUGGACUCCAGCGUCCUGAAUCCAGUCUCUAAACCCAAUAAUCUGGAGUGCAGGUUUUUGUAUUCCAAGCUCCAUCGUCCGGGUCUUUAGGCAAAAUUCUCCUCGCUCAGCACGGAGGCAGAGAAGCAGAGCCAGGAAGUGAAUUUGACAUUGGUGGAGAUCAGGGGUCAGAAACCAAAAUAACAAGAAGAGCCUUUUUCGAAUUCGGUAAAAAAAUGCAAUAUUUGAAAAGCUGCAAUACGUGUGAAUAUGAAACUGAUCCUGAAUACAUAACAUCAUGAAGCAGUCCUGAAAGAGCCGCAGGUUUCUGACCUCUGGUGUUGAUAGAACAGAGCCAGCUUGCACGAUCCAAACUUCAAGCGUAGAUCCCUGUGUGAUGUCUUUAUCGAGUGUGCAUGUGGUGCAGCUGCACCAGACCUAUGAGCCGGAGGGUUACAGGCAUUCAGCUUAAGAGAGGGGGGUGGGGGAGGGAUAGUGGACACUGCCAACCACGCUACGUCACUGAUGCCAAAACACGGCUACCCCGGUGAUCUGUGCAACGAUUUGUGUCCGGUCACUUCGCUGCACAAAUUACCAUCUGGUGAAGUGGAGUUUUCUCAUAAUUUUGGUCAAGCACCGCUUGGAGAGCAAUAUGUGUGUAGUUAAUAGGAUGUAGUGAACAACUGCAUGCGCGGCUUAUUUGUCAGUCCGCCGCUGCACGAUGGCCUCUCCGUGCCAUGCGGUUCGUGAGGGUUAUUUGACCAUGCUUAACCGUGCGGGUUGGGGAAGGUGUGGAGCGGAGUUGUCAAACUCGUACAUUAUGUAGCUGAUCCGCCCUGUUCCUGUCCUGCAGAUUAUAACGAGGGGGACAGGUUAGCUCAAUAGACAAAAAAAAGUUCGGAGACGAUGAGUAGAUACUGUGUGUUGUGUUCUGUCCUCCGGAGAUGUGGGCGACUCCAUAGCAGCGGAGCACCAAAGGUUUGUCGAACGGCUAAACGUUAUUUCAAAGUGUUCAGAAUGGAGUCCGCUUAAAUUUAUAUUGAGGUCGUGCCCCAUGCCCUACAGUGCAUGUGGGGCUCGCCGUCCUUUCCCUAGUCAUCAUUGCCUUCUCAUAAUACAAAAACGCACCUUUAGUAAUUAGCAGAGUACACCAUUAUAGUGUAAUUUAUCAAAGGUGAACUCACACCGGCUGCAAUUAAAACUAUGCACGUUUCUGCAUUACCCUCUGCUGAUAAUGUAGCGAGUGCAGUGCAGGAGUGUGGAGACAGGACAUGGACAAGGGAGGCCGUUUGAAUGAUCACCUUCAGGGUUUGUGAGUGAUAUCUAUCUGCUCCCUCUUGUUUGGCCAGUCAUACGAAUGGACCCUUUGCCUUGUGUCCGGGGAAGCGGUUGCGGUAGUGAUCGUGCAGCGCUAGGAGGGGCAGGAAUGUUGUCUGAGCGGUGGUGACCCUUGGAGAGCUGUGAAUGUGCCACGUGUGCAAAGUGGUCUCCCACCUCUAGUGCGGAUGCCCCUUCAGUUUCACAACCACCGGCUGAAGCUUAAGAAAUGUUUAAAUGAUACCUUUUUGCAAACAGGUAAAGCGUUAUAUUUACUUGUGUGGCCAUGUUACAACAUCUGGGCGGUGGUGACUAUGCACGUGGCCUGCAAUCCAUCACUGUGAAGGCAGUAAGGGUUCGUGGAUCACCGCACACAUUUUGCAAAACUUCUUUCCUGUGGGAAUCAAGGAGGAGCCAUACAUACCCUGGCUCGCCAGAAAAAGGGAGUAAUGCAAAGUACGGACAAAUAUCUGUACUGGAUAAAGUGUUGCUCCCUUGCACGGGUGAGUUUUCUCCUAGGUGCUCCGGUUUCCUCCCACAUGUAAAAACGCCCAUCAAUUGUCAGAAAACAUCUAAAUAUAUAGAGGACCGCAGAGCUUGGGAAAUUGUUGGUAGUGCCGGCUCAGUGCGUGAUUUCUGCCUUCCAGCUUUUGUGGUUCGCAAGGAGAUUGGGAGAUGCUAUUUGUAUGGACGAUGACGCUAUAUGUAAUACUAAACAAUUAUGCAUUGGCAAUUUGCAUUAUUAUUGUUGUGACUGGCCGCUGCGUAUUAAAAAACGAUUGCAAUACAAAGGUGAAAUAUUUUAAAUUUCUUGUAACUAACAGACCCAGGACCAAAAGCUUUGCCCACCUGGCGUGUCGCAAAUUGGUGUCACAUAAACCCUGUCACAUUCAAAUUUUCUAUCAUUUGUCCAAUCCAAGUUCUUUUGCAGAACAUUUUCACAAAGCAGACACUUGCUGCCACAACAAAAAUUGUAUAACCCUCGUACAAAUAUAUUUUCUUGGGUUUGCCACACUGACGAUCACACCUUCAACUCCGUGACUUAGAGGUAAAGGUUGGUGGACCACGUAGGGAUCGGAGAUCUGCAUCGGGUUAGUUGACACGGCUCAGCGUUCGCGGAGACAACCGCUUUUGGCAGAUGUUCCCAGCUGAAAUCUGGCAAACCGGCAUGGUUAAUACUACAAGUGUCUGUAUACUAAGCGCCGUCUGCAUCACUUAGUGGACAGUAAAGAUCCUGUGACGUCAUUCGCAAGAGAAGGCUAUCGUGUGCUGGCUUCGUGAUCCAAAUUCUGAAAUGUUUAGUAAAUUUCAGUUCAUUUUUCAGCAUUCUGAUGUCUUGGUGAAUGCCAGUUAAAUUUCGAUUUAAAGCUUUCGUGACUGCAGGGAUUCAUUCAUCUUCUUGGUUCUUUCGGUAAAGUCACGUAGAGGAAAAAUAAUAAAAUGAUAAAAAUAAAACAUAAUAAAAUAAUAUUUUAUUUUAGAAUGUUUUUUUUAUUAUAAUAUUUUAUUAUGUUUUCUUUUUAUUAUUUUUCCUCUACGUGACUUUACCAAAAGAACCAAGAAGAUGAAUGCCAGUUAAUUGAGAUGACACAGCAGCAACCAUCGCCCCCCUACUGGCAGACUAAUGGACUUUGCUGCACUGCCCUCUGCUUUCAAUAUAGCCCCGGCAGCCCCCUACCACCACUGAUUCUCUGUAUGGUGGUUGCCCAUCCAGGCAAUAGCCAGGCUGCAACCUGCUUAGCUUCUGAGAUCUGAUUAGAUUGGGCACAUGGUUGGUGAUAUGGUCGUCGGCUCCCUACGGAGUCAAAGUGUCCACGUGUUGCCCCCGACUCGAAUGAGCCAUCCAGCGUCAUCUUCGGACCGACGGCUGACCCGAUGGUUUAGCUUUGCCUGGCUUUGUGCUGUCCGCUCACCGCUUUGCGAAACACGUUUUUGUUGUGUUGUUUGAUUUUUAUCGCUUUUUUUCUAUACAUAAAAGGUUUUUCAAUAUUU